AUGGAAACAAAGCCUAAAAUUCUGUGUCUUCGUCUCAGCUUUUUUCUACUCACAUGCCUAUUGCUUCUGCUUCUCACCAAAGCUGCAACAAUAACAACAACAACAACAAAAAGCAAUAUAUGCAACAAAUCAAUUGCAGAGUGCAAUGAAGAUCUUGAGAUGUUGAUGGACUCUGAAAUCACUAGAAGGGUUCUUGCACGAAAGAGAUACAUAACACCCGGAGCUCUAAAGCCAGACCAGCCAGUUUGCAACGGCGGCAGUAGAGGCGAGGCUUAUAGUAAAAGCGGAGGCUGUCUUCCUCCUCCAUCCAACCCGGCAAAUCGAGGUUGCCCUGCAUACUAUCGCUGCAGGUCUAACUCGUGA